CGGUUGGCCAACAUGGCGGCAGCGGCGGUAGUGGAGGCGAGCGCAGCGCUUGCAGAGGAGGAUGGGGCCUUCGGAGAUGGAGAGCGGCUAGAUUUCCUGAAGGAGCGGCACGUGCGCUUCUUCCAGCGUUGCCUUCAGAUUUUGCCGGAGCGGUAUUCCUCCUUGGAGACUAGCAGAUUGACAGUUGCUUUUUUUGCCCUCUCUGGUCUGGAUAUGUUGGAUUCCUUAGAUGUGGUGAACAAAGAGGAUAUAGUAGAAUGGAUAUAUUCCUUGCAGGUCCUUCCCACAGAAGACAGAUCAAACAUGCAUCGGUGUGGAUUCCGUGGUUCCUCAUACCUAGGAAUGCCAUUCAACCCAUCUAAGGGUCCUGGUGUUUCUCAUCCUUAUGAUAGUGGGCACAUAGCAAUGACUUAUACUGGUCUCUGCUGCUUAGUUAUUCUUGGCGAUGACUUGAGCCGAGUAAAUAAAGAAGCCUGCUUGGCAGGACUCAGAGCGCUCCAGCUGGAAGAUGGGAGCUUUUGUGCAGUCCUUGAAGGAAGUGAAAAUGACAUGAGAUUCAUAUACUGUUCUGCUUGCAUAUGCUACAUGCUCAACAAUUGGUCAGGAAUGGAUAUGAAGAAAGCCAUAGACUAUAUUAGAAGAAGCAUGUCCUAUGAUAAUGGGCUUGCUCAAGGAGCUGGACUUGAGUCUCAUGGUGGCUCUACUUUCUGUGGUAUUGCAUCUCUGUGCCUAAUGGGUAAACUUGAGGAAGUCUUCUCCAGGAAGGAGCUGGACAGGAUAAGGAGAUGGUGCAUCAUGAGGCAACAGAAUGGCUAUCAUGGCCGACCAAACAAGCCUGUAGACACCUGCUACUCAUUUUGGGUAGGAGCAACUCUCAAGCUUCUGAAAAUAUUUCAAUAUACAAACUAUGAAAAGAACAGAAAUUAUAUUUUAUCAACUCAAGAUCGCCUUGUUGGUGGAUUUGCUAAAUGGCCAGACAGUCACCCAGGAUUAGAAGAACCUCUAGAAGCCUCAAGCAUGUGCCAUUAAUUAUAUGUGAAGAGCUGACUGCUUCUAAAAUGGUCCUUCUGAGUUAAAUGAGGCAUUAAAAACUCCUCUUUAGUUGGAAACAGUGACAGUGAAAAUGCUUAUUGCUUGAGACAAGUGAAAAAGAAGUCAUCAGUUAACAGCUUGAGAUAAGUAGAAAAGAAACGAAGCAUUGCCAGUUAGUUACUUUAUGUUAUCACACAGUGAGGUAAUAUGUUUUUUAAACUUAAAAUUAGACUUGAAACAACACAAGCAUUAAUAACAGGUAGUUGUCUGGUUUAACUUUUAUCCCAUGGACUCUAAAGCAAAACUGUUGUAAAGCUGUGUUAGAAAAAAAGAGGCCAUAUGGGAUAGCCUCUUAUGUUUUACUAAUGGUAUACUUAAUGCUUUUCUGUAAAUAUUAUUUCCUAGAUCUGAGAUAUGGCUAACUUUUUAGGACAAAUACCAAAAUCCAAAGUGUCUUGUAUAAGUGAAAAUGCAUUUUGCUGGCACGAUGCUGCUCCUAGGCCAUUCCAGAGAGCCUCUCAACUUUUAGGAGCAGCUUUCCAGGAACGCAGGGACUAUAGUGGGGAGGAAGAGCCAGGAAGGACCUAUUGCAGAAGCAGACUUCCAUGUUUGCUUUUCUGGAUCCAACCCAUUGUGUCUUUUGGUUGACCUGCUGUAAAUAUUUAGUCUUGUUGGAGUGGGGAAAUCAGCUUUUCAGAAGUUGUUCUGGACAUACAUUGUUAGCCUUGCUUUAUGCAAAUCCUUAAAUAAAAAUCAGUAUCAUAAAGCUGCUGUCUUACUUAUCUGCUUAUGUUUGGCAAGUUUCUAAGGUAUUCCAUUAGACUUUCCUGUGUAGUGUUCAGUGCCUGGAUAAUGAAUACAUUUUCUGGGGUCAUCCAGAAUUAACAUAAUAUGCUGAGUAAUCUUUCUGCUUACAGAGUAAUGGGGCCUGGCUUUCAUUUCGCCAGUUUGCAAACCACAACUACUAUGGGUUACUUAAAUCUUAGGGCUUCAAGAUAUGUGUCAGCCACUAUUUUGGAUAUGCAAGUCCUGGCAGAAGGAGCACAGCAGCUUGUUGUGUUAUGUGAAUCCAGGUGGCAGGGGUUAUUUGAGGCUUGUUCUUCAGGUUAUGUGAGGGUUGCUUAACCCUCAAUGAAUCCAUAACACCUGAGUCCACAUGGCGAUUGAUUGCUAUUCCACCUUUUUUCCUUCCAGGGAUUUCAAGGCAGUUUACAUAAUUCUCUUCCAUCUCUCAAUCUUACCCUCACAACAUCCUUGUGAGGUAGGUUGGGCUGAAGGUCUGUGACUGGCCUAAAGUCGCCCAGUGAGCUCCAUGGCUGAAUGGGAACUAGAAUCUAGAUCGCCUGAGACUUAGUCUCAUACUCUCAACCACUACACCAAACUUGUUCUCAUGACAAGCCAUGGUAUGCCACUGCAGCUGCCGUUUAUAUAUUGAUAAUGGCAGCUGUGCACACCCUAGAGCCACUCAGAUUGAUUAAUCUACAGUGGUUUAUUGUAAUGUGCAAAUUGUUAUACUUGGUGGGCAGUGCAGAAAUUGGGUUAAAUAAUGUUUUGAUAUAGAAGCUUCUCAAGAGAAUGGUAGGAUUGAAAGGUAGAGACUUGCAUCAUGUUGAUAUAGAAAGUUUGCUCACAAAUACAGGAGUACUAAUAGCAGUCUGGACGUAGGACUAUGAAGUGUUAGGUUUAUCUUCUGUUAAAAAGCAUUUAGUCAGAAAUUGUGAAAUUGGUGACAUCUGUAUUCUGUGUGUAUAUGUGCGCAAUGAAUAUUCUAAUCAGAGGAAGACAACAUGGGAAUUGCAAACAGAACCUUUAAAAUAAUGUGUUCCAAGUCUUUAGAAUAUAAGGCCUUGCUUUGAAAGUUCAGGUCAAACAGCUGCAGUGGCACAUGAUAGUGGAUGGCUAUUGAAUAUUUUUAGACAACUGCCUCUCUUGAGGAAAUUUGGAAAUACAUUUAAACAAUUUGCUUCAAGAUUUAUUUAUUUAUUUAUUUAAAACAUUUCUAUGCCGCCCCCACCAUCUUGGCAUGGAGAUUGAAGUCCCCAGGACCAACAUCCUGGGAGCCUUCAACACCAGGUCCGAGACGAUCUCC